GUGUCUUUUCUUAGCAAUGUCAAUCAAAUUAUUCGAUCUUUGAUAUCCAUAAGAUAAGAGUCGUAAAUGGAUGCGUUAGUUCCACUCUUACUUUCCCUUUAUUUUGUGUAUCCAUAAAGAGGAAUAAUUCUUUUGAGACCACCAUGCUUUUCUUACCAUCUUUAGCCAGCUCUAAAUUAGCUUUUCUAGAUUCAUCAAAUAGUCAAAUACUUAAACUUACAAAUGGUUUGGAUUUCUACUUAUAUAUACUCAAUAAUCUCUUACUCUUACAUUGGAUGCUAUCUCUUUUUUUUAACCCUUUCUUUUCUCUGUUUUGUCUUGCUUUUAACCAAGAAACGAAGGUUAAAAUGGGAAUCUUCGACCAUGUGGUGUACCUGUGUGAUACUACUAUUCGAGAGCCUAAGAAACGUAAGCCAUUGCAGGUUGUAGAGAUCAAGGUGAAAUUGGAUUGUGAUGGUUGUGAAAGAAGAGUUAGGAAUUCUGUCGCCCAUAUCAAAGGGGUGAAAUCAGUGGAGAUAAACCGUAAAAUAAAUAAAAUAACGGUAACGGGAAACGUGGAACCGAAAAGGGUGUUACACAAAGUGAAAAACACAGGGAAAUUUGCAGAGUUUUGGCCAUUUGUCCCAUAUGAAGUGGUAAGUUAUCCUUAUGCUGCAGGGGUUUACAACAAGAAAGCACCCUCUGGUUUUGUUAGAAAUGCUCCAGCUGCUUAUUCUACUGGAACUGAUUCACUACAUGACAAAUAUGUUCAAAUGUUUAGUGAUGAUAAUCCUAAUGCUUCUUGUUCCAUUAUGUAAAUCAUUUCAUUUAUCACUUAAUACUAAGAUUACAAAUACCAUCUAAUAUAUAUGGAAUAAAAAUUAAUGAGA